AUGGCGAGUCUAUUCCCAACCCUUCUCUGUCAUAAACUUAUCAAAAUAUUAGGAAAGGCCGCCGACCCAGACGCCAAACUCCCAGAGGACAGAGACGGCGAUGACUUUGAGCACAUCGAUGUCACCCAAAGCGUCUCUGGAAUCUCCAGUACGCAAGAGAACAGGACAUUUUCCGGUCUCCCUCGGCCUCACGAAGACUAUGUCUUUGGCCCGGUCAUCGGCAUGAGCAAGCGCGUCCCAGCGAGCGACAUCUCCGAUCCAUCCACCGUCCUCGGAAAGUACGAGUUUCUCCAAAAGAACUGGACGAAAGACACGCUCGAUGCCGAAAAGGGUCUCAUUUAUACGACCGCCAGUAGCGACACCCCAAAGUCGAACAAGACAUGGACGGCAGAGCAAGUCUGGGGAUUUGAAGAGAUUGAUGGCGUCAAGUACUUUUCUAGGCAUGUUCACUUCUUCACGCCCGACGAGACGGUCACCGCGAGAAUGAUCUACGAUUAUGUUGGUCCAGUCCCCGUGUAA